CACUCAGACUAUGUCCUGACAAAUUUGGGGCUUUCCAGGAGGUGUAAAUUCGUGGAUAACAAAACCUGGCACAUCCACCAGUGCCUGGAAUUCCUGCAGGCUCAUACAGACCUCAUGGAUGCCCUGUGUGGGAAAGCUCAGRCACUCCACAGGUUGUCUGCUGACAGAGCUCCUUUCAUUUUCACUUUUCUGGCUUCUGGGAACUGUGCAGCUCCACCCGUGGCUGCAGAAGCGUGUCCAUCGCAGAGGCUCCGGGUGUGUGUUUGCAGUAGCCUCCGGAAGCAGCCCCAGCUGCCCAGGCGGGARCGCAGAGCCCGGGACGCGCAGCGCAGGAAAGCCGGGGCUGGCGGCUGGAAACUGCUCCGCGCUGCCGCGGGCGCUGGGGACGCGCUGUGUGACCCCGCUGUGUGCCGCAGAUGUCGCGGGCGCCGAGGCCCCGCUGUGCCCCGCUGAUCCCGCAGCCCCGCGGCGGGCGGGCGCAGCGCGCCGUGUACCUGCUGCUGGCGCUCUGUGCCGGGGCUCUGCUCCUCGCCCGGCAGCCCCUGGUCCCCACCGCCCGCAGCCUCACCGGACACUUCGCCACCCUCCAGAUCGGGGCGCUGCUCAAGGGCGCCUGCUACCUGGCCGAGGAGAUCUUCCACCUCCACUCCAGGCACCACGGCAGCUUCUGGAGGGCCCUGAGCACCUGCUUCCCCCCACACUGGCACGGGCCCAUGCUGCUCGUCUGUGGCUCAGCCUAUGUGGCUCUCCUCGGUGAUGGGCAGCUGCUYGGCCUCCACCUCAUCCUGGCCAGUCUGUGCCAGCUCCUCAUCCUCGCCCUGGGGCUCCAGAAGCCCUCAGCAGUGGAGAUGUCUGAGAUGUCCGAGAGGUCCAAGCAGAACGUCGCUCAUGGGCUUGCCUGGUCCUAUUACAUUGGGUACCUAAAAAUAGUCCUGCCACGGAUGAAACAGUCCAUGGAGGAAUUCUGCAGAGCCCAUCCCAACCUGCUGGYAUGCAGGAAGACCUGGAAGCUCCACAUCUUGGUCCCUCUGAGCUGUGAUAUCUAUGAUGACCUGGAGAAAGCUGACAGCAAUAUCCAGUAUGUGACAGACCUCACUGAAACCACCCUGGCCCGAGCUGGCACCAAAAAGAGGGUCUACAAACACAGCCUCUAYGCAAUCAGGGAUGAAGAAAACCAGCUCUGGCACUGUGCUGUGGAAUAUGCCACCCCACUGCAGUCCCUGUACGCCAUGUCCCAGGAUGAGUGUGCUGCCUUCAGCCGGGAGGAGCGCCUGGAGCAGACCAAGCUUUUCUACAGGACCCUGGAGGAGAUCCUGAAAGGCUCCAAGGAGUGUGCAGAUGCUUACCGGCUCAUUGCCUACGAGGAGCCAGAAGAAGCAGAGACCCACUUCUUGUCCAGAGAGAUCYUGUGGCACUUGCGGCAGGAGCACCUCGAGGAGGUCGCUGUGCCCGAGGUGAACCACCCACACACCCCAUCCACAACCCUGGACUCUGCAGAGCUCAACCUCCAGAUCAGUGUGUCGGACCUGCCACAGUCACUGCGCACUGAUGGCUUCUAACACACAGCCUGUACCACCCCUGGGGGCUCCAGUCACCCUUCCCCAGCCCCCUUCCUCUCGGGGCACGUGCUGUCCAUGGCAGUGAUCCCCAGCUCCCUCCCAAACCUCCUGUGCAUCAUGGUUACUGGAGCAGCUGACUCAGCCCACAGCCCUGUGACAUGCUUCCCAUUUUCUUUGUUAUGUACAGCUCAUAUAUUC